UAGGUCCACCCAUCAGUGUAGGCGCGGCUCCGUCAGCAACGGAUGGACUAUCAAGCGAGAAGACCAUCAACAAUCCACACCGCUUGAAUGUUGACUUUACAUGUCACUCUGGUUUCUCUUUAUUUACGUACAAGUCGCAAGACAGCAUAAGAAGCAUUUUACGUACAGGCUACCGCUGUCCGGGACAGAAGACGAGCAAGAUAAUUUAUUGAGACGACUGUUACGUUUCAUCUGUGAUCCGUCCUUCCCUGAGGCAGCGCUGUCUGUGUGUAUGGAUAGACAUGGCUUUGCUGUUCACUGGGCCUGUUACAAGUUCACCAAUAAAGAGAAGGAGAGAACCAACACAACCUGAUGAGUCAUGUCAAAGCUUGGGCCUGUCCCUCCUGUCUUCCCCAGACGACUCCUACCACUGUUACUGUGUGAAUCCUGUGACAGGCUCUCCAAGCUCCUGCCGCCGGAGCCCACGCCUUCUCAACAACGGCUACUACGUCCUGACCGAGGACAGCUAUGCCUGGGAUGACGAGGGCAACGUCUCCCUCACCCCAUCCAAAAUUAAACUGUCCUACAAAGAGAACCUAGUCAGAAUCUUCCGGCGCAGGCGGAAAGCCCGCAGGUCUCUGGCUAGUAUGUUAAGUGACAUGACUGAGACGUGUCACACAUGGCUGGAUGAGAACGUGUUUGGAGUGGUACGUCACCUUCCCCUUGCAGAGUCCUCCUGGCUGGAGCUGAGCACCGCCGAUAUGGACACCAGCUGCACUUUCACUUAUGAUGACAGUGAGGUAAUUUCUCCGCCCGAGAAGUUGUCCCAUGAACCUCAGUUGUUGUCUCACGAACCCAUGCUACAGGAGGAAAUCGUCACGGAGACCUGUGUGUCCCAAGUGCAUUUUGGCCAAUCCCAAAGUGGCCUCCUGGAUGUCCCACCCCCCUCAGCCUUCCUCUCCAAUACCCACUGCCUGCCUAAACCCCAGCCGCCAGACUCCACCAUGGUGAAAGCCCUAUUCCUCAUCAUUCUUGCGGUCUUUGUCUCCUCUGCUGUAUUAUCAAGGUGCUUGCUGUGGGGACUGACAAUGGCAUUCACAACAUUUAUAUUGAUUAUGACCUCUCUGUUCCUUACGAAGUCUGGACCCAUGAGUAAGUGGAGAAAAGCAAAGACGGAGGACAUUACAUCAAGAAAUGAGUAGAUAAAAGCUGUGCAGACUGACACACACACACACUCUCACACACACAGACUCAAGUUUCACUCAUUUUGAAGUCGUUUUUUAAAGCAAUGAAAAUGAAGACAUUUUAAAGUGUGAAAGUGGAUUCAUACAUUUAGACAAACAGAUGACGUGCAUGACAUGCAUUUGAAAAAAUGUCACCCAGAAUCCUGAACACAAAGAUUAAUAAGAAAUAUUAUUGUGCAUUAUGCAGACAUUUCAAUGUAAUGAAUUACCUGUAUUUUUCCUGAUCUUGGCUUUUUUGGGGCUGUCCAACUUGACUUAUUUUCUACAGCUUCCAGUAUUUUGAAUGAAUAACAAAGCUAUUAAAGUAGCAGUCUUUCAGUCGGAGACAGGUUUUUCUCACCAAAAUGAUGGCUGCAACUUUAAUUUGCCAUUAACCAAAUGGACAACAUAGUUUUGUUGUUUUUAAACACGAACUACCUGGAAGUUAUUUAUAACUAUUUAAUUAAGGUGCAUUUUUUUCUCCUGAGGAAAAACAACCAUUUAAGUGCCUUCUUUAGUUUAUAUAAGAGCAACCUAGUGCCUGCUUAACAAAACAGGGCCGCACAUCAGCAGAGAAAGGAGACUGCAGAAUCCUUAAAAUGCAAUAAACUAUAAUUAAAACACAAGUUGUGUGAUGAACAACGCUGCUGGAAGAUAUGGCCGCAGUGGGAAGAUGCCUAUAUGCUCAUUGUAGUGCUGACAUUAAAAUGAAAAACUUUCCUUAGGAAGUAUAUGGGUAGGUAAUUUUCAGUGGUCACAUUAUUAGCGGCCUCUUGUGGUUAACCAUGAGCACUUAUCAGUGGAUAGAAGAAUAGUAUUAUAUGAUUAUAUUUAAAUUACUGCAGCUAAGGUCUAAACAAAAAUGAACCCCUCCCUUUCACACAGAAAUUGCACAAUGUUAAGUAUAUAAUGGCAUUGAAGUGUUGUUUUUUGUCAAACCAGAAGGAAAAUGUAGUUUCCAUCAGGAAAAGGAACGAGGCACAGCCCGUAGCUAAAUAGAUGAUUACGUACUGUACAGCUUCUUGAAGUUUUUACUUCAUAAAGUUGAAAUGAGUGUCAUGUUUGGACCUCAAACUAUGCCAAGCUUUUUAGAAUUCAAAGAAAAUAAAAGGUGAAUUGUGCUUUAGUCACUGUACAAUUCAACUCUGUGUUACUUUAUAUAGAUUGAUGUUGGUGUUGUAAUGUUUUUUAUCGUCUCAUACUGCUUGUAUUAUUGCUGUAUUUUUGCACACCAAGUGCCAAAUCUGAACCAUUAUUCCAAAUGAGACAAUUCUCAGACCAGAAAGUGUUAAAUCUGCAAUAGUUCAUCAAAUGUGUUAUGUUCUUAGAAAUCAACUAUUGCUAGUUGUUGGUAUACGUUUGAUAUUAAAAAAGGUAAUGUACUUAUAAUAUGCUAUGUAAAACAACAUGGCCAUUAUCAUUCAUUUAUUCAUCAUUUUUAUUUGCAUUUAAUGACAUGUACUGAGUGUACUUUACCAGAAUUGACAUUUGUUUGUUCACUCACAAUCCUUUUAUAUAAACCAGUUUGACAUUUGUAACUUUUUUUACAAUCAUUAAUUGCUUUGAUUUACUCAACUAGUUUCCGCAUUUUUAAAUGGUUUGGUACUUGCGGUACGCAUGCUCCUUUUGCACUCACUUUUUCGACUUUGAUUUUUAACAAAGAUGCAAUUUUAAUCAGACUGUUGCACAGUAUGUGUUUAUAUUCUUUAGGUAAAUAAGCUAUAUUGCAAGCACUGUAAAAUGUAAACAUAUCUACUAACAGAUUUGUUAAAGUUUAAUAAAUCCAUCUGGCUUGUACAACUUAAUUAUCCUCCAUAAGAGGAAAUAUUUUUAUAAUGAUUCAAGUAUGUAAGCUUACUUGGAAGAUUCUGUAUUUACAGUGCAUAUUCAGGAUCUAUUGAAAUAUUACUGUUUAUAGUAAGCCUUUAACAUGUCCCUGUAUAUCUUCAUUUAAAUAAAAAAAUGUAGCACUCUGA